AUGGCAAGUGACGGUGGUUCCAACAAGCAUGCUGAUAAAGGACCAAAGAAGAAAAAAGGGAAAGCCACUGGAAAUGCAUUAGCAAAUCAACCUGAAAGUGGUGCUAAUAACCAAGAGCAUACUUCUACCAAAUCUAAGAAAAGCCAGCGAAGGGGUAAGGAUACAUCUUCACAAACAUCAGAUUCAAAGCAAGGUUCUAGGAAAGAAUCACUUAAAAUGAAAGAGGAUAAUCUCAUUAGUCCCUCAGAAGAAUGGAUCAUGGAGAAGAUUACAGCCUUGAUUCCUGAUUUUGAAGAACAAGGUAUUGAUGAUCCUGAAACGAUUCUUAGGCCUUUGAUGAUCCUGAAACGAUUCAUAGGAAGGCAUUGUUUAAAGACAAUGCAGAAAGAAUGA